CGAUGUCGUAACCCUACCACCGAGACCGACUUUCCCAGCUUCAACUCUAACUCCGAAGGCACAAAAUUAUACGAAAUUAGAAUAUUUACGUAGUCGAACCGCCAUAAACAGAAGUCCGCACAAUUAGAAACAUUUAUGGAGUCUCGAUAGCAAGAUCCUUAUCGGAUUACUUGUGCGCAUUGCAUAUUCAUAGGCCGAGACCGAACGAGCCGACGUAUAGCUAUAAUAGUUACAACGAGCCACGAUGGCUGAGUCGCCAUCUCAUGCGACUUAUACGAUGAGUAAUAGUGGACAACGCCGUGAGGGCAAAAUGCCCAUACCACAGCAAUCCCCGCUGCCACAAUCGCGAGAGCUCGGUCUUGCAACCCUGGAGAUAACCGCCACAAAACCGUCACCAUUCACAAAAUCAUGGCCACAUUUGGUUGCUGGGGGUGUCGGAGGUAUGACAGCAGCUGUCCUAACAGCACCCCUCGACGUCUUAAAAACCCGACUUCAAUCCGAUUUCUACCAAGCACAGCUCCGUGCAGCACGAGAAGCUACCGGCCAAGCACGGCUUGGCCCCCUCCAAUCGGCUUCCUACCACCUCCGCGAAACACUUCAGAUCCUACGCGACGUGCACCGACUCGAGGGAUGGCGGGCUCUAUUCAAGGGUCUGGGUCCGAAUUUAAUAGGUGUGGUUCCGGCGCGAAGUAUCAAUUUCUACGUGUAUCCCACGGGCAAGCGUGCGUAUUCGCAGUGGACUGGUCUUUCUCCGGAUAACCCGGGCAUACAUCUUGCCAGUGCCGUGACAGCAGGCAUUGUAACUGGAACAGCAACGAAUCCGAUUUGGCUGGUUAAAACGCGCCUGCAGCUCGACAAAAACCAUGCUGAGCGAAAAGGCGAUAUUGGCGCGCGGCGGUAUCGAAAUAGUUGGGAUUGUAUACGGCAGGUUAUGCGCGAUGAAGGUCCGAAGGGCUUUUUCAAAGGGUUGAGCGCGAGUUAUCUUGGUGUUACAGAGAGCACGCUCCAGUGGAUGAUGUAUGAGGAGGUUAAACAUCGGUUAAGAGUACGGGAAGAAAAGAUCGUGAAGAGCGGAAGAGAGAAGAAUUGGUGGGACCAUACAGUGGACUGGACAGGCAAUUUCAUGGGUGCUGGUGCGGCCAAGGGAUUGGCGUCGAUUUUGACGUAUCCGCAUGAGGUUGCGCGUACACGUCUAAGACAAGCGCCGAUGCAAGACGGCCGACCCAAGUACACGGGCUUGGUGCAUUGCUUUAAACUCGUCUGGAAGGAAGAAGGUAUGAUUGGGUUAUACGGCGGCCUAACACCUCAUCUUAUGCGUACAAUUCCCUCGGCCGCGAUUAUGUUCGGCAUGUAUGAGGGUAUCGUCAAGCUUCUAGGCUCUAAGAGCUAAACGCGGUGUCCUCGGUCGGCAUCAUUGCCGAAAAUCUCCACCGAGUUCGGCCGAAUAGAUAUAACUGACGCUGUAAUAAUAUUAACGAAAGACACGAAGGGGAAAUGGCGAGGAUACGGUUAAGCGGGUGGGCUACGUUGAAACGUUUAAUACCGGAAGCUGGAUAUAUGAAGACCACGAGCCCUAAGAGAAGAAAACUCCACUCAGGGAGAUUUCUCUCAUGCACAUACUGGCGCAUUUUCGCGCGUACCACAUCAUCACUACCCACCUGUAUACCAGACGACACGAAACUGUACCAUAGAAAAAGGGUUAUGAUCCGAUAGAAAAGGGGUAGGGACGAAUUAGAGCUACUAGUGGCUAUAUCAGCCUUGCAAGGGAGUGGCGAUGAGGGGCUUGUUUGCUUCGGCUGCGAUGCGGCUACGAUCUACCUAUUCAUUUACGAAGAAUUGGUAGAAUGGCGUUUCGGGGAACAGGAAAGAGGAUGGUGCAUGAGGUUUGAAUAGGAAUGACAAGACGGUAGGAUAGGAAAAUAAUUGAAAUGAUGCCACUCAACGAGU